GCUUUUUCCCAUUCAGUUUCAGUUUAAGCAGAAGUGGGCAAUGGCUGCUUCACUGCUCGAGCCGCCAUUUUCAGCCACCCACUCCCUCUUCACCAACUCUCAUCUCUCUUACAAACCCCAAACCUCCAAACCAACUACUAUCCAUUUCAUCCCUCUCCUACGCUCUCCUCCCCCCACAACUCCUAUCCGCCUCUGCGCCGCCGGAGAACCAGUCGACCCGCCCCCCACGCCGCCAUCUUCGCUGCCGGAUACUUCCGACGAGUACAACGGUGCACUAGAGAGAAACAGGGACCGCCGCAAAGCAGUGCGCGUUGCAUGGGAGAAGCUUGUCCGCUGGUCCCGUUCUUGGCGAUCAAAGGCCAAGACUGAUGUUCUUGAACGCACUAACAAGGUGGUGGUGCUGGGAGGUGGAUCUUUUGGAACUGCAAUGGCGGCUCAUGUCGCUGAUAGAAAAGCCGAGCUAGAAGUUAACAUGCUCGUGCGCGAUCCGGAAGUUUGUCAAUCGAUUAAUGAAAGUCAUUUUAAUUGUAAGUAUUUUCCAGCACACAAGCUUCCAGAAAAUGUCAUUGCAACUACAGAUGCUAAAGCUGCUCUACAGGGUGCUGACUUUUGCUUCCACGCAGUGCCCGUGCAGUUCAGUGCAUCAUUCCUUGAGGGCAUUGCAGACUUUGUGGAUCCAGGAUUGCCUUUCAUUUCUCUCAGCAAAGGUCUGGAGCUCAAUACAUUUAGAAUGAUGUCUCAAAUAAUUCCCAGAGCACUGAGAAAUCCUCGCCAGCCUUAUGUUGUUCUGUCUGGCCCUUCAUUUGCACUAGAGUUGAUGAAGAAAUUACCAACAGCAAUGGUGGUGGCAUCCAAAGACAAAAAGAUGGCAGAUGCCGUUCAGCAGCUUCUUGCUUCUAGGAGCAUGAGAAUCAACACAUCAAGUGAUGUUACAGGGGUCGAAAUUGCAGGUGCUCUUAAGAAUGUACUUGCAAUAGCUGCUGGGAUUGUGGAAGGCCUAAAUCUUGGAAAUAAUUCUAUGGCAGCUCUUGUCGCACAAGGUUGCUCUGAAAUUAGAUGGUUGGCAACAAAGAUGGGUGCCAAGUCAACUACAUUGACUGGUUUAUCUGGAACUGGGGACAUCAUGCUCACUUGUUUUGUAAAUCUUUCACGAAACAGAACUGUUGGGGUUCGUCUUGGAUCUGGGGAAAAACUGGAUGAUAUUCUCAGUUCCAUGAAUCAGGUGGCUGAGGGUGUAUCCACUGCGGGAGCUGUGAUUGCAUUAGCACAGAAAUAUAAGGUUAAAAUGCCCGUCUUAACAGCAGUUGCGCGGAUUGUUGACAAUGAACUGACACCAACAAAAGCUGUUUUUGAACUGAUGAAUCUGCCACAGGUUGAAGAAGUUUAACAACCCCAGCAUUGUAAAACGUGAUGAUUCAACUUGCAAAAGUCUUGCUGCAACCGGGCUCGGGGACUGCACCACAACUAAUACUGUUACAUUUAAGUCAAAAUAUUAUUCAUUCUUUUGCAGUUCCUCCAGCAUGCUACCGAUAUACGUAUAAUGUUCAAAAAUAAACAACAGUUAUAGUACAAAUUAGACUAGAGAUGACAUCAAAAUUGUAAGUACGAAAUUUUGGACAGAGAUACUGGUUUUACACGUAAAAAAGUCAUAUUGACAAGAUUUGUGGUGGAUGCCUGUUUUACA